CUCCCCCUCCUUCAAAAAUAACUCACAAAGAGAAAAUACACAAGUGAAUCAUGGGUUUACAUAUUCUUCUAAAUUUCCAGUGUUUCAUCUUGUUACUUUGUCUGCAAUUUGCGUCUACUAUUGAAACACCGAUCACCGCUUCUAAAGUCAUCUCCAAGCCUGGCUGCCAAGAUAAGUGUGGGAACGUGAGCAUACCGUACCCAUUCGGUAUCGGCAAGGGUUGUUCCAUAGACGAUUAUUAUUUCAAAAUAAAAUGCGACGAUAUUAUUCCUUCUUACACCAGACCAGUGUAUGGUACAAACAUAGAUGUCUCAAAUAUAUCAAUACCUGACGGCGAGAUGACAACCACACUGGAUAUAGUCACUGAUUGUUCAGAUAAGAGUAUACAAACCGAUAAUGAUUCGGCAUCAGCAUGGUUUGGAAAGUUUACCUUCUCUAGUACAAAAAACAAGUUCAUAGCUAUUGGUUGUAACAUCCAAGCAUAUAUAGUAGGGGUUAAUGGUUAUAACUCAACGGUUGCUACAGGAUGUAUGUCAUACUGCCGUAAAAUGGAAGAUAUCACUAAUGGAACUUGCAACGGUAUUGGGUGUUGUGAGGCCUCCAUUCCAGCUGGGCUUGUCAAAUAUGAAACGAGACUUAGAAGCAUGUUUAACCUCAGUAGCAAUUUGAGUUUUAAUCCAUGUAAUUACGCGUUUUUAGCUGAAAAAAGUUCAUUCAACUUUUCUUCAUUAGACCUCAAAAAUUUCAAAAAUCAUGGGACCUUAAUGGUUCCUGUAGUGGUCGAUUGGACUAUUAGUAACGAGACAUGUGCGGAAGCUAAAAGAAACCCAACGAGCUAUGCAUGUGGACCUAACACUGACUGUAUCCCAGGCAACAGCGUUGAUGUUCAGGGUUAUCGAUGUAGCUGUAAAACGGGCUACGAAGGGAAUCCAUACCUCAACGGUACUGGUGGUGGUCAUUGCGAAGAUAUUGAUGAAUGCAGUGUUAAGGAUCUAAAUAACUGUAGUACGGGACAAGGAUGCACAAAUACGCCAGGGGACUUCUUUUGUUUUUGCUUCGAGGGAUACAAACGUGAAUUUAGAGAUAAAAUCUGGGAAUGCUCUCCUAUUCAGGGUCGGAGAAUAUUUAACGAGAUUGUUCUCGGGACAAGCCUAAGCUUAUCUCUUCUACUUGUGACUGGCUUCGGGUUGUAUUGGGUAUAUAGAAAAAGAAAGCACAUGAAAGUCAGGGAGGAAUUCUUUAAGCAAAAUGGUGGGCUUAUUUUAAAUCGACUCCUUGGUGAACGGAAAGAAGAUAAGGAGAUCAGUAGAAAUGGCAGUAGAAUUGGUGGAGGAGACAAGAAGCACCGAUCAAUCGCUACAAUAUACACCGAGAAGGAGCUAAGCAAGGCAACUAACAACUAUCAUGACAGUCAAAUUCUUGGACGAGGAGGGUUUGGCACGGUUUAUAAAGGAACUUUAUCGAAUGGAAACGUAGUUGCUAUUAAGAAAACAAAAAUAGUAAAUAUGGAUCAAAAUGAGCAAUUCAUAAACGAGAUUUCUGUUCUAUCACAAAUUAAUCACAAAAAUGUGGUUCAGCUCUUCGGUUGUUGUCUCGAGAGUGAAGUUCCUUUACUAGUUUAUGAAUAUGUUGGUAAUGGGACUCUUUACGAACACUUGCAUGAGCAUCUCGAGAACCAAGGGAGGCCUGGUUUUCUUUCAUGGGAAAGUCGUUUAAGGAUAGCCUCAGAAGUGGCAGGUUCAUUAGCCUAUUUGCAUGCUGAAGCUUCCAUACCCAUAAUCCACAGAGACAUCAAGUCAAGUAAUGUACUUCUAGAUGAUGAUUACCGAGCAAAAGUUUCUGACUUCGGUGCUUCGAGGCUGAAUCCUACUGAUCAAGCUCAGUUAAGCACAAUAGUUCAAGGUACAUUUGGGUACUUGGAUCCAGAAUACAUGUUAUCAAGCCAAUUAACAGAGAAAAGCGAUGUUUACAGCUUCGGCGUUCUUCUUGUGGAAUUGCUUACAGGUAAAGCAAUAUUUUCUUUAGACAGACCUGAAGAGGACAGAAAUCUGGCGAAUUAUUUUCUUUCCUCUAUGAAAACCAACAGGUUGUUUGCGAUUCUCGACCGUAGUUUGGUAAAAAAUGAUAAUGAACGAGUCAGUAGUGUGCAUGGGCACCAACAAAUCCAACAAAUGGCUGAACUUGCACAAAAAUGCUUAAGAAUGAAAGGAGAGAAUCGACCUACAAUGAAAGAAGUAGCAAUGAUAUUACACGGAUUGAUGAUGAUAUCUUCUAGUUACCAUGGCAUCCUGGAUGAGGAGGAUACAAUGCAUACAAGCAGAGGAGAACACAUGCUCUUGUUGGAAUUUGCUGAACUACUAUCUUACACUGAUAGUAUAACAACAAUUGGUGAUAGCAGCAAAAGGAUAUCAGCAUUAGAAACUGAGGGACGUUAAUUAAUGUUUAUAGCAUAAUUACAUUUCUCUUUCUCUGUUUAGUACGUAUUCAAAAAGCUACUUAUUGGCUUAGACUAGAAUAAACUGCGCGAUGUUCUUGGCGAGUUUGUAUACCAAAACAAAUCAGAGGUUUUAAGUGGGGUUCCCCGAUCUGGUGGUUAAUACUCAUUGCAAAUGUGAGUUGUCUAUUCUAUAAGAUAAGGUUUGACAAAUGUUUUAUUUUUUUUCCCUACAUGUACAUACGUUGAACCAGCUAAAGUGAUAAACUUUACAUUGCACAAAAUGCACA